CUUUUGCGACAUACCAGUGGUUCAUUCAAGGAGAGGCAGCUAUCUAAGCUAAAAGGCAACAUUCCUUUCUUUAUGCAGGGUUGCGUCAGCGCAGUCUUGAUGAUGAUGGCGACUGUUUCGUAUUAUAUUCUUCCUAUGAUCGCGACAACGAGACUGCAACUGACCAUUGUGAACACACUCAACUGGGAGCUGAUAUUGACCAGCAACGGCAUCAUUCUUAUCAUUUUCAACAGAUCGUUCCGGCGCAUAUUUCAUCCACGACUGUUGUUCAAAAAGACGAAGAGAAUUGUUGGAAAGAUUUUUACUGUUUCAAUGCGAAUAAAAAUUGAUGCAACAAUACUUUACGCAAAUGAUGAGUGCAAAUCAAUAUGGUAUAAUGCUGGCUUUCCCAAUGCCGUUUGCUACGACUGUAGCCAGGCGAAGCAGUCUGGCGUCUCAGUCGGAACGGUAACGCAGGGAACGGCAUUCAUGAACUUCAUUGAGCUUCUGCAUCAUCAGAUAUUGAGCUGAUUUGGGGAAGAAUGUGUUUCAAAGAAGAAAUUGGUUUGAUGCGCUAGCGCUGUUGCUAUCGCUAAAUCUAUCGUUAUGCGUUAUCCCUAUCGGCUAUCGCUAUCCUUUCCUCUCUGGGUAAUGCCAUCGCAGCUGUCUCAACUGUUUCCAGUAUGUUUGAAAGUGCUGGUGCUUAAAUUUUUUCCCUUUUCAAGCGAAGUAUAUACC